AUGAUGAAGGCCGCAAAUUCAUCGGAGAGUUCAAGUGCUAUCUUGUUUCGGUAUUUGGAAAAGGCUUCACUGGAUCACUACUACUCACAAUUGAAAUUGAAUGGUGUUACUAGCGUGGAAGCUUUGGCCCAACUCUCCGUACAGGAUGUAGCCAACAAAGUCGGAGUGGCAAACGGAGCCGAUAGAAGAAAGUUCUUUGAGCUCAUACAAGUCGCCAAGAAAGGCAUAUCGGCACCUUCUACUUCCAAUACAACGAAUCAACAAGGGAAUUUUGAGAAUGAACAAAUGGCUUUGAAUAAGUGUCAAGCACUAGACUUGAAUCCUAAGAAUCAGUUACCUUCUCUCUACAAUAACAACAUGAUCAACGAUGAUGAUAAAGAAAAUUAUGGUGGCGGUAAUGAAGAACCUUUGUAUGAUUGGGAUGCUGCCGUUAAUAAUACCGAUAAUCACUAUGAUGCUUUUGAGGUUCAUCAAGUCAAUCAAAACAACAAUAACAACAUUAAUAGUAACAACAUGAAACGACCAACAUCAGCAGCUCAACCUCAAUACUUACCUCCCAAAGUACACACUCUGCAACAGAUUAUGCAACAAAACCUCAGUCCUCAACAAGCUCAAAAACUUAAACCAAAGGUUGUAGAAAAGAAACCAUCAGCUGUGAUUAAUACCAAGCCUCAAAAUGUACCACAGCAACAACAACCAAUCGUUCGAGAUGUCGCAAAUAUUGUAGGUAAACAAGACGCUAAUGCUGCCGGAAAAAGACAAAGAUCCAACAUAGUGGUUGCCGUUCGUAAAAGACCUCUCAAUGAAAACGAAAGAAAUAGGAAUGAGACCGACAUUUUAGAAGUUGUGAAUAAUUACGAACUCGUGAUACAUGAACCAAAGCAAAAAGUAGAUCUCACCAAAUAUGUAGAAAAGCAUCAAUUCUGCUUUGAUGAGGUUUUUGAUGAAUAUUGUGACAAUAAUGAAGUAUACAACAAGACAGCAAGACCUCUCGUUGACCACAUUUUCAAUAAGGGAAAGGCAACUUGCUUUGCUUACGGACAAACAGGAAGUGGUAAAACAUUUACAAUGAUGGGAAGAAACGGAAAUAAGGGAUUGUACUUACUUGCAGCACAUGACAUCUUCAAUCGACUUUCGGGAGACAUGACAGUAUGGAUCAGCUUUUAUGAAAUUUAUGGUGGCAAAUUGUUUGAUCUUUUGAACAAUAGAAAGAAAAUAUUUGCUCGUGAAGACGCAAAGAAUAUGGUCAGCAUUUGCGGUUUAACUGAAACCAAUGUAAAUAGUGUGGAGGAAUUGAUGAGCAUCAUUGACACUGGUUUAAGUAUUAGAGCUACCGGAUCUACAGGUGCAAACGCUGAUUCUUCUCGUUCACAUGCUAUUUUGCAAAUAGUUCUCAAGCUCAAUGAUAAGACUUAUGGUAAAUUUUCGUUCAUUGAUCUUGCAGGAUCAGAACGAGGAGCUGACACGAAAAACAGUGAUAAACAAACGAGAUUAGAAGGAGCUGAUAUCAACAAGAGUUUACUUGCUCUGAAAGAGUGUAUUCGAUCAUUGGAUCGUGGUAAAAGUCACGUACCAUUCAGAGGCAGUAAGCUGACAGAAGUUCUGAAAGAUUCGUUUAUUGGAAACUCAAAGACCGUGAUGAUUGCAAACGUUUCCCCUUCCUCCUCAUCUUGCGAGCAUAGUUUGAAUACUCUCAGAUAUGCAGAUAGAGUCAAGGAAUUAAGAAAAGAUGCUAUCAAGGACAAGCUUGUUCAAGCCAACAAACAAGGAAAGCAAGACAUUCAACCUUCACCAAGUCCCUAUGACAAUCCAAUUAUGCAACCACAACAAAUUAGAAACUACCAAAUGGAAGAUCAAGAAGAUGAUGAUAUUCAAAUGGAAGACGAAAAAAUUGACUAUGAUCGAGUAUAUGACAAGCAAGAUUAUGAAGUUGCUGAUAAUGCAGUGGAUGACGAUCUCGAUGAAGAUUUUGAAGAUACAGAUAUGAUGCAAGACAAUGAAGUUGUGCUUCCACCCCAUUUCCAAGAUGUUGGAGAAGCAGAACUUGAACGAGCUCAUGAGGAAUUAAUAAGCAAGAUCUUAGAUGAAGAGGAGGAAGUUAUUGCUCAACAUAGAGAACACAUCGACGAUAUUAUGGAACUCAUGAAACAAGAAAUGGAACUCUUAAAUGAUGUGGACCAGCCUCAAUCAACAAUAGACAAGUAUGUCACAAGUUUGGAUUGCAUCCUCGUGCGAAAAAUUCAAGCAAUCAAGAGCCUUCGAAACAAACUUGCAGAAUUUAAGCAACAUUUGAGGGAGGAAGAAAUUUUGAGCAGGAGUUUCCAUUUAAAUUAA